CUGAGCCCUUUGCAGCAUUUGACACUCGACAUCCUCAUGCUUCUUAAAACACUUGCCUAACGGCGAGCAACGGCAUCCAACGGUGGCCGAGGGAGUCGCGCUGCCGGAUAAGCAGCUCUGCGGUGGCAGAGGCUGGGCUGCGGUCUCUCCGACAUCGCGGGACAGAGGAAGAGAUGAAGGCCCUGCAGCCCCCGCCGCCAGAUUUACGCUUGAGGAAGCGAAGGCGAGAGAUGGUCGUCUGCGGGGCCAGCCCAGGGCCGCCGGGGGCCCAGCCCUAGAGAGCGGGGCCCGGGCUGCGGGGACCGGCGGCCUGAACGGCGGAGUGUUGAAAGCUCCCCCAGGAAUAGGAAGUGCAGCGGAAAUCAACGACUGAGGUCAAGGAAGGAGGGGACGCUUGAGACCAUGGAGGGGAAGCAGGUUUCUCCAGGAGGGAACCCGGGCCUCCGCUUUGCUCAGCGUUCCCCUUGCGAAUGUGUUGAGCACCUGUUGUGUGCUGGGGGUACAGAGGCACACCCUGGCUCCCAUGUUCACCGUGCGGAGAGAGACCUUCGGGGGACGGCGGGCGGCCAGCCGGGAAAUGGGCCCCCACUUGUCCAGAGGCAGAGCCCGCGCAUGCCCGACCUCGCUCCUCGCGGCUCCCUGGGCAGCAGCUUCCUGGCAGUUGGAACUGGAAGGCUUCUCAGAGUCCGCGUCGCCCCACCGCCCUCCCCACUCUCGGGGGUGGGCAUUGGGGGAACAGAGCCAGGGCAGGGAGGAAGACAGGGCCCGGCUCACCCCACAGCUCAGCCCAGGAGGGUGCGCAGAGCAGGGCUGGCGGGAGCGGGCCACUCCACACCCAGCCCUGUUGAAGGAAAAGAACAGAAACAGGGAACAGAAAGUUGUCGGUUGCUGUGUAACAAUUCGCCCCGCAGCUUAGCCCCUUCAGACAAAUGUAGCUCCGCAGUGUCUGUGGGUCAGACAUCCGGGCCCGGUGAAGGAGCCUCUGCCUCGAGGUCCCUCGCGAGGCCUGUCAGGACCCCCCGGACUGUGAGUGGCCUGCAGGCUCCGGGCGGGGAGGUUCCGCGUCUCUGCUGGCCCCGCGGCUGUGGGCAGGACUCAGUUCUUCACGGGCGGUUAGAGUGAGGGCCUCGAUCUUUUCCGCUUUGUGGCUGGAGGCCUCACUCAGUUCUCUGCUGCACGGACCUUUCCUUGGCACGGCUCCCGCAUAGCUCAGCAAGCCCUAAAGGCAGGCUCCUGCAGCCAAAGGGAGUUCCCCCACUUUCUGCUGUGUUCUGUUUGUGUGGGUUCAGCCCAGGGGAGGAGGUUCCACAGGACAGACAGCAGGAGUUGGGGGCGUUGAGGGCCAUCUCACAGGCUGCCCACCGCAGCCCCCACGUGGCCGUCUGCCUCUGCGUUCUUGCCACUGUGCCUCCCCUCCGGGAGUGGGUCUGGUCUCAUCAGGGAGGGCGGUGCUCUCUUCGCUCUGUCCUUACUCUGGUGUUUCACUGUCAUUUUAAAAACUGAAACUGGAAUUGUUACCCCUUGACAUAGCUGCACCCUGAGUGGGCCUCUGCGACGCCCCUCCUUCUCUUAAGCCUUUCCAAGCGGUCUGACCAUUUUUAAGUCCCAUUUCCUGAGUGACACAGAGCAUCUUAAGCUUCUGAGUGACUUGUGUUUUCCUCACAGACAGAGGGGACCCCCAAUCUGUUUGUUUCCAGAGGCCCUGAUGGUGUCGUCUUGGGAGGAACCUGAGGGAAAGUCCCGGGGCGAGUCAGGGGAGAGCUCUGCCCUGGCGCCCUGGCACGUAUCCACAUGGGCCACAGCUGCACCCUGCUCUCAGCAGAGCACCUCGCCAUGCUCCUGGGCACAGCCGGGCCCUCUCGCCUCCCUGCGGCUCCUAAUGCCUCCCAGGCUCUGCUGAGGUCACCUUGGGCACUUAGCGUGGCUGCAGCUGUUUGCGGCCCGGUGUCCUGCCAUCCAUGUGGCAGUCAUGUGGUCACUGUUCGGCAUUGCCCUGCACAAGGUCCAUGGGGACUGGGCACCUUCGGCCAUUCUUUCUUUGGUUGUCUGUGCAAAUAAUAAACCAAAUCUG